AUGGCAGAACCCGUUAAGCUUUCCCACCGUACCCGUAAACGCGUCCGGGAAGUAAAGCGUAAAGCGAGACCUGAACUGUCAGACAAAUCAGCAUGGGUACAGCUAGGUUAUCAUGAGGAAUUCGAACCCUUCAGCCAGUUCGAGGACAAUGUAAACCGUAUCCACGUGGACAAGGUGAGCCCGAAGGAAUUUAUCGAGCGCUACGAGCGCAUCUACAAACCGGUCGUCAUAGAGGGGAUGCAGGAUGGGUGGAAGGCACGUCACAAGUGGACACUGGAGCGACUGGCGAAGAAGUACCGCAACCAGAAGUUCAAGUGCGGUGAAGAUAACGACGGUUAUAGCGUCAAGAUGAAGAUGAAGUAUUACGUCGAGUAUAUGCGCAGCACCACGGACGAUAGCCCACUGUACAUAUUCGAUAGCAGCUUCGGCGAGCAUCACAGACGCAGAAAAUUGCUAGAAGAUUACGACGUACCGCUCUACUUUCGUGACGAUCUGUUUAAGCAUGCGGGUGAGGUGCGUCGACCACCGUACCGGUGGUUCGUGAUGGGACCGGCCCGAUCCGGUACCGGCAUACAUAUCGAUCCGCUUGGUACGAGUGCCUGGAAUGCGCUGGUCCAUGGCCAUAAACGCUGGUGCCUGUUUCCGACUCAUACACCCAAGGAGUUGCUCAAAGUGACCGGUUCGAUCGGGGGCAAGCAACGAGACGAAGCCAUCACAUGGUUUAGCUUGAUCUAUCCGCGUACGAAGCAACGCGAUUGGCCCAGUGACUGCAAGCCGAUUGAAAUACUACAAAAACCUGGUGAAACGGUGUUCGUACCGGGUGGCUGGUGGCAUGUGGUGCUUAACCUGGACGAUACCGUCGCAGUCACGCAAAACUUCUGCAGCCGUACCAACUUCCCGGUGGUUUGGCACAAAACGGUCCGCGGCCGGCCGAAGCUGUCGAACAAGUGGCUAAAGGUACUGCAGGCGGUCGAACCGGAUUUGGCCAAGGUCGCGUCCGAGACCGACAUCGGACAGAGUACGGGCGUUGCGUCAGACAGCUCGAGCAACUCUAGCUCAUCGUCUUCCAGCUCGAGCAACUACGACGACAGCGACUGUGAAUCGAACACCGACAGCGGCCAAGAGUCGCUGUCCGCACACAAAUCAAAAAAGCAUAAAAAAUCGAACGGAAUCAACGAUGCCGAUAGCACCGUUGACAAUUCGCUAAAUGAUUUUCCACUUUAA